AUGGUGUUCAACACGUUGACUGAGGCCCCCCGCAACCUCAAGGAGGGUAUUGACUGGCUGAUGGCCCUGAGGGGUACUGAGGCUGAAAAGAACUUGACUGCUCUGGGUAGCGCGGUUUACGACCUUCUUCAUGACAAGCCUAGCGGCUACACGGAGGUGCCGGCGCUAGAGAAGGUGAAGCCUAUUACUAAGAUGUUUUUGGAGAAACCGGAGCUUGUUAACCAGUCAUUUGUGGGCGAUGUGUUGAAGAAGUUCAACGAGCCCAGGGACAUAGCAAAAGUAUGGUUCAAACGCUUCCGUCGUGGAUUAAAGAGCAAUUUCUGCAACAUCGUGCAGACCAAAAAAUUGCAGCCCGAGAACAUGGGAUUGUACAUAGGCCGUGUUGCGUAUGGUUGUGACAAAUUGGUUAAGCACCUGAAAAUGCCUGACCAAUACGAGUCUGCUUACACUUCGGAAGCUACGUGGGAGACUUCAUGUUCGGAGAAGCCGGAAGAUUGCGCAGCGGUAUUCGUUGGUAUUGCACCUAUGUUGUGGGCAGGCCUGAAGUCGUUGAAGGAUGCCACGGAUGCUGUAUUCAAGAAGCAGAAUAGUGAGAUGUUGAGGGAGCGCUUGGCAGAAGUGUUGAAAGCCGUUGGUUAUGAGGACUCGCAGAGGCGCCCCCACAUGAGUAUUCCAUUUGUGUACGAGGCGGUGAGCGAGGUGGACAAGGAUGUGUUGGACAUCCUUUACGACUUCUCUGGAUUCUGGGCUUUCUAUGGAUUGCCUAGUCAAUCCGGAGCAGUCGCACCAACCUUUGAAGGUGAAUGUAUGCAGCCUGAGGAUCCUGAAGCUGAACCAACCUUUGACGGUGAAGGUGAGCAGUCCUUGAUCCCUGAAGCUGAACCAACCUUUGACGGUGAAGGUGAGCAGUCUUUGAUUCCUGAAGAUGAAACAUCCUUUGAAGGUGAAGGCGAGCAAUCCAUGAUCCCCGAGGCUGAGCCAUCUGUUGAAGGUGAAGGUGAGCAGUCUUUGAUUCCUGAAGAUGAAGCUGGCGAAGGCGUGGAGGAGCCCAUAGUUGCUGAAGAAUCCGUUGACAUUGAAGCUGUGCCAGCCUUCGAAGCUGAGCCGUCCUAUGAGAAUGAGCUGGUGAAUUCUGUAGAAGAAACUAUAAUUGCUCAAGAGUCUGCCAAUGAGGUGAAUGCCGUUAAGGCUGUAGGCGCUGGCAAGAAAGGUGGCAAGAAGGGUGGCAAGAAAGGUGGAAAGAAAGGUGGAAAGAAGGGAGCCAAUAAAGGUGGCAAGAAGGGUGGAAAGAAGGCGAAAAAGGCUGGCAAGAAGGCGCUUCCCCAGUGA